GCAAAAGAGGUCCUCGAUGUAAUUAUUCUCGAGACAAGAAGCAACCAUCAUUAACAUACCAUCAACUCGAGUCUCUACGCCGGAGGAGAGAGGGAUUUGAUCGGAGCAACGAAUUCGAUUAUACACACACGUUUGGCAUCAUCGAUCUGAUUCUCCUCCUCCUCCUCCUCCUCCUCGAUCAAAUUCAAAUUCAAUUCAAACUCAAUUAUGUCCCUUAAUAUGAAAACUCUGACCCAGGCCCUGGCAAAAACCGCUGCGGUAAUUGAGAAGACCGUACAGGAUGUCACCGGACCCAAAGCCCUCCAGGACUAUGAGCUCCUUGACCAGAUCGGCUCCGCUGGACCUGGCCUCGUUUGGAAGCUCUACUCCGCCAAGGCUCGUGGCGGUUCCACCCUCCUCUCUCAUCAGUACCCUACCGUCUGCGUCUGGGUUCUUGACAAGCGCGCUUUAUCGGAGGCAAGGGUUCGUGCGGGGCUUUCCAAAGCAGCGGAAGACUCCUUCUUCGAUAUCAUCAGAGCUGAUGCCUCCAGAUUGGUUAGAUUGAGGCACCCGGGAGUGGUUCAUGUGAUCCAGGCCCUAGACGAGAACAAAAAUGCCAUGGCCUUGGUCACCGAGCCUUUAUUUGCUUCCGUAGCCAACGCCCUUGGUAUAUUGGAUAACAUUUCCAAAGUGCCGAAGGAGCUUCAAGGGAUGGAAAUGGGUUUGUUGGAGGUGAAGCAUGGUUUACUUCAGGUAGCAGAAUCCUUGGACUUUCUUCACAAUAAUGCCCGCCUCAUUCAUCGUGCCAUAUCCCCUGAGGCUGUUCUCAUCAACUCAAGUGGGGCUUGGAAGCUUGGUGGAUUUAGUUUUGCAAUAUCAGCAGACCAGGCAUCUGCAGAUUUAUCUGCUGUGCAGCCCUUCCAUUAUGCUGAAUAUGAUGUUGAAGAUUCACUACUGCCUCUACAGCCGUCACUAAACUACACUGCUCCGGAGCUAGUCCGGAACAAGGCAUCUUCAUUUGGAUGCUCUUCUGAUAUUUUUAGCUUUGGAUGCCUUGCUUACCAUUUGAUUGCUAAAAGGCCUUUGUUUGACUGCCACAACAAUGUGAAAAUGUACAUGAAUAAUUUGACAUACUUAUCCAGCGAGGCUUUUUCAUCCGUUCCCCACGAACUAGUUGCUGACUUGAAAAGAAUGCUUUCAGCAAAUGAGGCUCUAAGACCCUCAGCUUUGGAUUUUACAGGUUCUCCCUUUUUCCGUGAUGACACUAGGUUGCGAGCACUUCGCUUCCUGGACCACAUGCUUGAAAGAGAUAACAUGCAGAAGUCAGAGUUUCUAAAAGCAUUAUUGGACAUGUGGAAAGAUUUUGAUGCUCGUGUUUUACGAUAUAAGGUCCUUCCGCCUCUCUGUGCAGAGCUUAGGAAUAUGGUUAUGCAACCGAUGAUUCUUCCCAUGGUUUUAAUGAUAGCUGAGUCUCAGGAUAAAAUUGAUUUUGAGACAUCAACACUGCCUGCUCUUGUUCCUGUCCUAAGCACUGCUGCAGGUGAGACGCUACUGCUACUUGUGAAGCACGCAGAGCUAAUCGUCAACAAGGCUAGUCAGGACCACUUAAUAUCUCAUGUCUUGCCCAUGCUUGUGCGAGCUUAUGAUGAUAAUGAUGCUCGAAUGCAAGAGGAAGUGCUGAAAAGAACUGUAUCCCUGGCUAGAAAACUUGAUCCUCAGCUAGUGAAACAAUCAAUUCUGCCUCGUGUUCAUGGUUUGGCACUCAAGACGACAGUUGCUGCGGUGAGAGUGAAUGCUUUGUUAUGUUUAGGUGAUAUGGUGGUUAUAGUUGACAAGCCAGCUAUCUUGGAGAUCCUGCAAACAGUUCAGCGUUGCACUGCUGUUGACCGUUCUGCUCCAACUCUUAUGUGUACCCUUGGGGUAGCAAAUUCCAUUUUGAAACAGCAUGGAGUGGACUUUGUCGUCGAGCAUGUUCUUCCACUAGUCAUCCCUCUCCUCCUUGCACAACAAUUAAAUGUUCAGCAGUUUGCAAAGUACAUGUCAUUCGUUAAGAGUGUUCUCAGGAAAGUUGAAGAGAAAAAGGGAGUAACAAUGAACGAUUCUGGGGUUGAUGCAAAAUCAUUUCCUAUACCCGAUGGGAGUUUCACACAACCUUUAAAGAAAAGCGUCCCAACUGCUUCAUCCUCCUUGAAAGGUAAUGUGACAUGGGAUGAAGAUUGGGUCCCGGCAAGAGGAUCCUCUAUGGAAGCUAAACCUGUUACAAGCACACCACCAAGCCAGCCCAAACGUGAUCAUUCAAAGGAUUUGGAAUUCCCGAUACCAUCCAUGCAGCAAACAUCAACAUCAUGCCCUGCAGUUGAUUUCGAGUGGCCGCCUCAGUCAUCUUCUGACAUUUCCCAAAAUAUAAAGAAUUCAGCAAGCUUUGAUGAUUUAGAUCCAUUUGCAAACUGGGCUAUGCCUGGAGCUGCUUCUAGCAACGGUUUAUCUGUAAACAGAAAGGCAAGCACCGGUACAGAAAAUCAAUCAAUUACCAACUGGGCCAAUAAUCCUAUCGAGUAUCCCAGUAAUGGAGUUACUUCCCAGAAUUCCAUUGGGUCCCUGAGAAACAAUCAGGGUAUGGGUACCAAGCCUACAGAUCUCGGUUCCAUUUUUGCUUCAAGCAGCAAGAGCCCGCAGGCACCAAGACUUGCUCCACCUCCCCAGACUGCUGUUGGUAGAGGGAGAGGAAGUAGAAAUCAAGGGCCGAGUGGUCGUCAGUCGCGUCCAAAACCAUCAUCUGAGCAGCCCCCGCUCCUGGAUUUGCUCUAGUUAUUUAAACCCACAACAUGUCUGCCUGUCCAUAUAUUUUGUCAUUGGAUCAAGACCUACGUUUCCAAGUUUUGUCUUUUCAGAAAAUAGUUUCGCUUUGUUUUUGCUACUUGUCUUUCUUUCUGCUCUCUGUUGUUUGUAUCACUAGUAUAUGCUGUGGUUCAACACCAUGGACUAGUUUAGUUGCUCAAAAAAUUCUUUAUUCUAAAUGUAAAAAGUUUUUUAUGUGAUUGAAGAAAACACGUAGACGAUAUUACUUCA